AUGCUCUGGACCUUCCAGGACCUCAAGAUGCUGAUCGGCACGGACAUGCCAAUCCUGGGCGGUGGCACGCACCCCUGCGUCAGCCUGCGCCUGCACGACCUCUCAGAGCCCAUCAACGUUCUCACUGGGCUCGACUACUGGCUCGACAACCUCAUGUCCAACGUGCCCGAGGUGCUCAUGUGCUACCACGUGGACGGUGUGCUCAAGAAGUACUCGCUGAUCAAGACGGAGGACCUGCCGCACCUGCCCGACUCGACGUUCAAGCCGGAGGUGGUGCACGACGUGGCCGAGAACAUCCUGUCGUUCCUGCGCGCCAACGCUACCAAGACGGGCCACACCUACUGGCUGUUCAAGGGCGAGGAUGACGACUGCGUUAAGCUGUACGACCUCAGCAGUCUGCUGGAGAGCCGCUUCGAGGAGGUCAACAGGGACGACAACCCUUUCUCGGGUCACGUGGCCCUGCUGCUCUACCGGAUCGCGUGCAACAUGCUGCGGAAACGGCACGUGGUGGACUACGGGGACCGUCUCGGCACGGUGCGCACCAUCCUCAGCAAGACGCUGGAGCUCAUCAAGGGCGACAAGUACUUGCAGGUACGGGCCAACAUCCACAUGAUGCUGGCCGACUGCUACGUGCCGCGUGACCACCGACCGCUGGCCACCGAGUUCGCCGGCGCCGCCGCCGCUGCCGCCAGCGCUCUGGCGCGCAGCCCGGAGCGUGCCGGCGCCGCUGAAUCGCCGUGGACGCAGCAGCCGAUGGUGCGCGUCGACCUGCUGCCGAUCGCCGGCGACGCGCUCGAGCGCACCGAGUGCGCCAUGGAGCACGUGCUGGCGGCGUUCAGCUGCCUGCGCCGGCGCGACGAGCUCGAGCGCGAUGACAAGGCGCCGAAGAUGGCGCGGCCUUCGCAGGCUAUUCCGAUGCCGUGA